AUGUCUGAGAAUCCAGUGCACAGAUUUAUUGCUACUUUUACAGUGCUGUUUGCAUCUUGUUACGUGGUCAAUAAGGGUUCUAUUGUCUUUAUUGAGUUCAUUAACAAGCUCUUGAAGAUUUAUGGACAAGAUUUCCAACUUCCUGAAAGUCAGGCUGGGCUACAUAAAAAGACUGGCUUUUUGUCCAUCACCAAAGGCAUCAAGCAAUUUGUGUUAUGUCCAAACUGCCAUUGCAUCUAUGAAGAAAACAUGUCCGUACCUCCCCAUUGUGUUUUCACAAAUGUUGGUGCACGCUCUCCUUGUAGUUUACAUGGAACGAUCAUUGAUCCCAUGCAUAAUUUAUUCCUGGGGACGCCAAAGAGAAUGAUAGACUGGUGGGUCGAUAAGAAAACGAUUGGAGGCAAAGAGUUUGCUGCCAUGGAAAAAAUCACAGAGACAAUGGUCCUUCCAAGGGAUUAUACAAAGCUGACAUUGAAGAUUGGAAAAGGCUUUCCUUACAUGAAAGCCAACGACUGGAAAUCCUGGGUACUGGUGUAUUCUCCUGUUCUGCUGCAUGGUGUUCUACCAUUUGAAAUAUACAACAACUGGAUGAAUUUUGUCUGUGCAUGCCGCUAUCUUAUCAAGCCAAGCAUCACAUUUGAUGAAGUGAACAGUGCCCACGACUAUCUGGAAAUGUUUUGCAAAAAGGCUACCAAACUCUACACUCCCACCAUCCUCACCUGCAACAUGCACCUGCACCUCCACCUUUGCGAGACCAUUUGUGAUUUUGGACCCGUGUAUAGUUACUGGCUCUUUGGGUUUGAGAGAUACAAUGGCCUGUUGAAGCAUAUAAAGACAAACGGAAAAGAUAGUUUUGAGGCAACAUAUAUGAGAAGUUUUGUUCAAAAUGCAUUCAAGGGUGACUAUACCAAUGCUGUUCUGAAAAGUUCUAGCCACGUCCCCUUUUUCAAUAUUCUCUCAAAGCUUUCUCCGAAAUUCACACCUACCACCACAGGUGACAAACCUCUCCAUCCUUCGACUUUUCCUCUUCAGCUAAAAAAAUCAUCACUGAUGGAUGAAACCGACUAUGCCCAUCUGCUUCAGCACUACAAAACAUCCUAUGAUCUUCCCAACCUUGUCAGUUACCAAUAUGCCACGCUCACAAACUCCUUUGUUGACAAUGAAAUCACAAAUUUGAAGUUCAUUGACUUACUUGGUCAACAGUACCGUGGUAAAAACGGUUCAGCUAGUUGUGGUUCUCUUGUCCACAUAAUGUUUGUUGGUAGUGACGGUAGAAAUACCCUAGCCUAUGCUGGACAAAUACAGUAUCUCCUCACACACUCCUUUACACACCCUUCUAAUAGCAAUCUCCACCUGACUCGCAUGGUUCAUGAUCAUCGACAUGUAUUCACAUAUAUCAAGUGGUUUAAUACUUCCUCUGAUAGAUCGCGUGAGGAUGACGAUCUUGAGUUUUGUCUCCCCACCUUCUCCCCUGAUAGUCGCCAUUGCAUUGUACCUGUGCACCGCAUCUUUUUAGAGAUUGCUACAGCCAGGAUUACUACAAGUAGAAAUGUUAGUAAGAUGUUAGUAAUUGCUUUGCCAAAAAAGCUUUAUGCUUAA